CAUGCUGAUAUGUCAGUUAAUGCAUUUCGAAGCUGAUAAACAAAUACGUUUUAGCAUAAUUGGGGUUUCGUUAAUAAGAGAGUUUUAAAAAAAUUCGUUUGUGGUUUUCGCAUUAUGAGAUUUCUUCCUUUGUAGCUACCGAUUUAUGACAUUUUAGACGAAGAAGUGGAUUUUAUAUCUAUAUUAAUCAAAGACAGGAGCGAGUUUGUUUUAUUAACCGAUAAAUUGUCAAGGUGUGAUUGUUUAUAAACUUUGUUGGGUUGGCAACAUGGCGACGCCAAACAGCAAAGGAUUAUGGGAUAAUCAUGUACGUCUGUGACAAGUGAAAUUGUACUCAAUUGCGAAGAAAAAUAAACACGGUGUAAACAUUGAUGAAGCUGUGAAACCAGCAAAAAUGAAUGAAGAGACCAGAGAAAGUUAUGACAGUGGAGAGGUUGUCUGGGUGAAACUGGGAUCUAGUUGGUGGCCUGGUGAGGUUAAAAACGCAGAAGAAUUGCCCAGUGAAGUACUGGAUUUUAAAAAGCCCCCACUCGUUAUCGUCAAAUUUUUCGAUGAGGACUCUUAUGAGUAUGUGAAGACUUGGACCAACAUCUACCCUUAUAACUGCGAUAAGAAGAAUGAGUUUAUCAAAAAGGGAAUGGCUGCUUAUCGAGCUAAACUCCCCCACAUGGAGAAAUUUCCCAAAGACGUCCUAAAGGCGGAGGAAAAGGUGGGUGGAAACCCCAACAUCUUGAGCAAUCCGAUGUUUUUGCCCGAGAAGAAGCGAAACUAUGCCGCCGAGAUCUUCGGGACUCCUAGUCCGAAAAACAGCUCCUCCAAGAGCAAGAAACGUUCCAACACAAACAAAUCGAGCGGCAAGAAAGACACGUCGCACAUCACGCACAGGAGAUUCCUGGGAGUGGAUGAUUACCGGGCGUAUAUCUGCAUCCAGUACCCCGGGAAAGACAGAAUACCCGGCGAUAGGGAAGACGAAGAGGUCAUCCGCAUCAACAGGGAGCUGGAGCAAGACUUUAACUGCCACUCGUGCAGCUUCAGCACGAAACGACUGGAAGUCAUGAUCCUCCACACGAAAUCGCACAUCCAGGGCGUCUACCUGUCCUCGGCCCGGAAAAAUAAGCAGACCGUCAGACGGCGCAAGGAGAAGUCGAAGAAGUCCAGGGGCUCCAAUUCCGACACCAGCACCAGCGAUUCCGAGCCGGUGCGACAGAAGAAGAGGAAGCCCAAGUCCCAGGGCGCCAAGAAGACCAAAAUAAAGAAAGCGGAAGAGGAGGCGCCCAAGAAGGACAUCCGCAGCGAGUUGUUGGAGGCGUGGGAGGACAGCGAGGACGAGGACAUGGAUUUUGGCCUCGAUAAAAUGAACGAGUCGGAGCCGACAGAGGAUAAAUCCAACAAAUUGAUGGACUAUUCUUCUAUACCGCAACUUACAUUGGACGAUUCGCUGAAAGCAUCGGACACGCUGGAUAAAACUGCCGGGCCGGAUCAAAGCGAAACGGAAACUGCCGACGAGACGAGUAAGCCAAUACGCCCGUUGGACGAGCCAAGAUCGCCUUCCCAAACCAUCGAGGAGGUUCUGAACGACGUAUCGGGUGAACUGGACGAGGCGAAUGCACAGAAUGAACCUGUAAAACCCGUCGAGGAACAUUUAUCCACCGAGAAGCUUCUCAGCACCCUCGAAGACGAUUCUACCGACGUCGACGACAAAGCAAGCGAGAAGAAAGACGAAGAAGAGGUCGAUAAAGUGGACGGAGAACAAGAAAACGUUAAAAAAGACGACGAAGAGAAUGCGGCCUCCCAAAAAUCCGACACGGACGAAGACACGUCCAAGCAGACGAUGAAUAGGGACAUGCACGAAGCCAUCAAGUCAUGCUUCGAUUUCGAUGAAGACGACGAGGAAGACACGAUCGUCGGCAAUGCUACCUCGGGAAGGAAGAUCCCGCGGGUCAUCCCCAAAGUGACGAGGAAGAAGUCGUCUGAAACCGCGGAUCCCGAACCGAUAAAAGAAACCCCCAAAGACAAGGGGGAGGACAUGAGCGCCGCCUUCCACGAACUGAUGGAGAUAACUUCGGUGCCGGAUCUGCCCGACGUCCAGAACACUCUCAAGUGCGAGCAAAAUUUUCACAAUAUCAAGACCAUAAAGUUUCCGGAUAAGGCAGAAGAGGCGGGCUCCCCGCCCAAGCCCGAGAGAAAGGACUCGACGGAGGUCGCCACGAAACUGACGAACCCCAAGAAGCGGUUCGUCAAGUCCUUCGAGGAUUUCGAGCUGAUGCAGAACGAGAUAAGACGCAGGGAGGAGGAGCAGCUGGAGACGUCUAAGAACGAGAAGUACGACAGCGGUUUCGACUUUGAGGAAGCCAGGACGGAAUUCACCGGCGGCUCCUCGAAAAAUUACGAUUCGGAUAACUCGGACGAGCGGGAUUCGCCCGAUUCCACCAUCCAGCUAUCCAAGCUGAAGAGCAAGAUAAUGUCGAAGAUCAUCGAGGAGGCCAGGAUAAACGCCGUGUCCAAGAACAAGAUAAUGUCAAAGAUAAAGGACGCGAAACCUAAACCGGCCGAGACGGAAGUUAAUCCGGCAACUGCGGAACCGGAAGCGAAAUCGUCGGUUAACAGUUUGGAGAAGACGAAAACCGAGAGGGUUACCAGUCACAGGACGCCGCGUAGCAAAAUACUGGAAUCGUACAGGAAAGAUGCCAGCAAGCACAAAGUCGAGCAAAAAUCGGAAACGCCACAAUCGAAUAACGAAGAUAGACUGAGAGAUAGCCAGUCGGUCAAAGAAGUGGUGCCACCGAAGAAGAACAAGUGGUCCAGGAGGGGAAGCCACCCCAAGAAGGACAGGAACUUGUUUGUGCUCCAAGACGCCGCCCCGGAGGAUCCGGUCACUACAGAAAUUGAAAAGCAGACGGUGGACGAAUCCACAAACAACCAAACAAACGUAGAGUUGGAAUUGAUAGAUGACGCGCGCAAAAUUAACGAUAUUAUCUUGGGCGAAUCCAGUUCGACGCUUUCCGACAUUUUGACGCCAUCCGAUGACGUUCCGACGUCACGCGACGACGUUCCUACGCCACGCGAUGACGUUCCCACGCCACCCGACGACGUUUCGAUACCACACGAUGAUGUUCCGACACCAUGCGAUGACGUUUCUAUACAAUACGAAGAUGUAUCGACACCACGCGAUGACGUCCUUACACCAAGCGAUGAUGUUCCUAUAUCACGCGAUGACGUUCCACAACCACGCGAUGACGUUCCGCAACCACACGAUGACGUUCCGCAAUCGGGCGAUGAUGUUCCGCAACCGCGCGAUGAUGUUCCGCUACCGCGCGAUGACGUUCCGCCAAAAGGCGAUGACGUUCCGCAACCACGCGAUGAUGUUUCGCAAAAAGACGAUGAUGUUUCGCAAAAAGACGAUGACGUUCCGCAAAAAGGCGAUGACGUUCCCCAACCACGCGAUGACGUUCCGCAACCACACGAGGUUUUGGAAGUAGCAGAAACGACGGCAAAGGAAGCGGAAAGCACCGAACCGCAACUGACUGAACUCUUACCCCUGCAAGUCGAUGAGAAUGAUACCGCUUCAAAGAAAGACGAGAUAAUCGAGGAGUCGCAGAUGUUGGUUAACGAGGAAGUCGAAGUGGUGGAUAUUUUGCCGUCGGCCUAUACCGAAGCGACCGAAGUUAAAGAAACUCCUCAAGAAACUCCUCAAGAAACAGAGUUUUCCGUAGAAACGAACGAGGUUCGUCGAGAGGAAGUCGUAGAGGAAGCAACUCUUGAAGAAGUUCCUCAGAAAAUGGAACUCGGAGCUGUGCAAGAAGAGAACGAAAGAGUAAUUGAAGAAGUUACGGACUUGCAUCCGCAAGAUGCUUCUUCCGUCGUAGAAGAAAGCCCUGUUACGGACGAUCCCUCGGCAAAUAUCGAAGAAACGUCCGUCGUGCCAUCAACCGAGAGUGAGACCGUCGCCUCUAAUAAAGUCGGACCGGAAGCGGUCCCGAUCACAGAGGAACAUAUCGAAGUGGAGGAUUCUCUAGUUAUAUCGCCAAUUAAUGAAGCGGAAGCCAGUCUGCCUCAAGAUGCCAUCGUAACGCCUCCCAAGAAGAGCAAAAAGAGGAAAAUAUCGGAAGGUGGCGUCCCCCUCAGCCCUACGAAAAGCGGUACCGUGGCGGAACCGCAACCUGAAGACUUUGCGCCUUUAGAAAAGAAACUAAAAGAGGGAGAAUAUGCUGAGGAAGAAGUAAAAGUUACCUCGCCCGCUUUGGAGACGUUCGAUAAAGUCGGUUCCGAAGUAGAUGUAGAAAACGAAGAGGUUAAGGAUGAAGGACAAGGCGGAAAAGUUGAAAUAAUGGAAACGGAACCGGCAGCGGUGGAAACUGAUAAGAGCGUCAAAGAAAAGAAAAAUACUGGGGAGUUUGAGAGAUACGACGAAGAAAUUAAAAUGGAGAGCGAACUCGUCGUCGAUAUCGCAGAGACGGACGUUAUCGGCAAAGAAAUCGAAGAAAAAGCGGGGAAAAGCACGGAACCCGACGCUGCCCGGGAAAAACCCGAAGACGUCGAUAGUAACGAGGACCUGGACAAAGACAAAGACCACCACAACGAGGUGGAGAUCCAGUGCGCCAGCAGCUCGGUGGAGAGCUUCAAGUUCUCCAUCCAGACCAACCUGUCGAUCCUCUCCAGCAGGGAGGAGAUGUCCGCCCUGGCCCUCGCGACGCUGUCCGAGAUCAAAGCGGACCUGGAGAGCAACGAAGACCUGAUGCCCAAGGAGAAGGAAGCCAAGCCGUCGCCCCCCGUGCUGCCGGAAUCGGAGAUGGUGCCGAUCGAGGGCAACCUGACGGUCGUCUCGGAGAAGGAUCUGGCCGACGGGCAGGUCGAGAUCACCUCCGAGCAGGUGAUCAGCCCCAAGAGGCCGGCGACGCUGUCCAACUUCUCCAUGGACUUUUCCGAUUCGCUCAGCGACAGCAACAGCAACAGCACGACGGACACCUCGUGCGACCUAGGCAAGGCGGAUUUCAACUCGAAAGGGACGGAAUUCACUGCGAAGGCCCUGACGAAGCAGAUGAAACGCUUCGACCAGAAGAAGGAGAGCACUUACGGGCGCCUCGAGCUGAUAAAUAUACUCGAGGGGAAUUCCGACACGGAAAAGAAACCGAAAGAGUUCACUCACCCACCGAAGAAGACGACUAUGGUGGACGAUAUAUGCGAUUUCGAGGAGCACAUCCCGUCUCAGAUCGUCUGCGCCAAAAACUUGAAGAAAGACGUUCCCGCGGAAUUCGAGCAGGACUACAAGGAGUUCAGGGAGAAGGAGAAAACUUCCAAGACGUCUGUCAAGUCUACGACUUCUAAACUGUUGGAGAGGCUCACGACAGAGUCCAAGGCGAAAGCUUCGGCAGCCAAAAGCAUGAUCGCGAGCGUCCACCCCGUUCCCGAACUACUCAGCAAAUUGCCAGUCAAGGCGCAAGCCGUCCCGCCUUCCAAAACCACCAAAUAUUCGUCAAAAUCCAAGUUGGGCGUCGGCAAACCGAUAAUACUGUCUGAGCAGAUCGUUAAACCGGCCACCGACACGUCAAAAUUAAAACUGCGGAAGCCGAUGGAGGACUUCGAAAACGUCGAGGCGUUCGUUAUCCACAAGGACCCUAGCAAAUCCAACUUGGAAGAGGAAGAAACCAAAUCAAAAGUCACUUCCGCCAAAGCCCCGGGCAAGGCGAAAAUAUUACAGCAAACCAUCAUAACCCCGGCGGGGGAGAUUAUCCAACCUAACGUUACCGAGGCGCAGCCCGACGACAACAUUUUCGAUAUAAACUCGAUGCCCAUCGUGCUCUCGGACGAGAUCCUCACCCCGGAGAGCAUAGAAAAGAUGCCGAUAGUGAUCGGGAGCGACGCCAAGGUCACCGUCGCGGAGAAAGCGCCGAAACGACCCGCCCCGAGCAGAAUCGUAACGACCGUAACGAGCCAAGUCGCUACUAACAAAACCGUCACCAUCACCAAGCACAAACCGCCCAGGAUCCUGCAAACUUUCAGCGGCAAAGUCGCCAAGAACUCGCCCUUGCACCCGAACACCGCCAAACCCGGGAAAUACAUAAUCGUGCCGCAGAGCAGCAUACCGCCGACGAAAUACCUCUCGAAGAAGCCGACGAUCGUUAAGAAAGCUCCGGUUCCUACGGGGCUCGUUCAGAAAGUGCCGAACAUCGCCCCGGAGCCCAGCGGCAACAAGAUAAUGAUCGUUACUAACCAGCAGGGCCAGCAACAACGCCUGUUACUCACUCCGGCGCAGCAGAAGAUGCUCGGGUACCAGAACCAGAAAGUUACCAAGACCAUCGUCAAAAGCAACGUGAUGCAGAAGAGCAUCCUUGCGUCCAAGGGUGUGUCGGUAGCGGAAGCGAGCACGAGCGGGGUCGUAUCUAAAACACCCACUAUAAUAGGCCAGAAGGUCCUGGUAGGGCCGAACACCGCCCAAGGAUUGAUCACCACGACCGGUCAGCAAGUUAUAGGCAUCCAAGGGAGGACCGCUAAGACCGUGACGAAAAGAACGACCGCUGCAGCGCCGAAACUAGGAGCGCCCGCCGGCAAACCUCAGAAAACCAUCCUAAUAAAGAACCAACACGGGCAGACCGUGAGAAAGAUCCAAGGAACCGACGACGAACUACUCGACAAGCAGGUGGCGGAACAGCUGAAAGCUAUCAAAGCGAGUAGCGGGAUGAAGUUCAGCUCGCAACAAAAAGCGGUGGACAUAGAGAAAACGGCGCCUAAGGGAACUUUGAGACGUUCGUACUCGAAACGGGUGGAGGUGAAGCCCAGAGGGCCACCGCCGCUAACCGGUAUCCACCACUCGCCCAAACAGGAAACGGUGGUCAGCGUAUCGACAACCGCAGCGAAGAAAACCGAAGCGAGUGAAGCGAAAGCCGCGUCUAGCCUGCUGUCGGAAGAAACUAAAGCGCAACAAACCGAAAGGCCUUUGAACCAACUGGUGAUCCAGGACGCGGUCGGCAACCAAACGACCAUCACCGAAGGUCAGAUCCUGGCUCUGCCUAGCGAGACGGUAGACGGUCAGCCGCAGUCUUACAUGCUCGUGACCCUAGACGAAUCGGGCAAUCUUACGCCGCUCAACAGCGAGGCGUUGAUGUCUCUCGAUCCGAACCUCGGACUAGGAGGCGACCUGAGCAACAUGGUCCUACAAUUCGACCAAAGCGGGUCGAGCGAACAACCCCAAGCGGCCAUUAUAAAACCACCCGAGCUCCCGGAACCCGUCAAGUCGGUGGAAGUAGAACCUGCACCGCAACCUGUACCGGUAACCGUACCAGAGCCUUCCGUCACGACGGAAAUAUCCGACACGGCAGAACAAAAAAUUGUACCGACAACGGAGCAAGUCGCUGCGAGCACCAACGGCGACUCGGGCCAACAGUUGAUCGUAACCGGCGAUCCGAUAGCCACGCAGAAGUUCUUGGAAUCCCUGACAGAGGGCACCACGGACCUAGCGAAUAUCCUCGCUAACGCCGAGGGCAACAGCAUACUGAUACAGGCCGACGGCCAACAGAUCCUCAUCAACACCAACACCGACAACCAGAUGUUGUUGUCGAUGAACAACGACAGCGCGAACGUAACGGAGAAUACCGAGGGUGGCGGCAAUCCGAUCUUCGCCACGCAACCAAGCAAGAACCAAGAUAUCCUCGCCGCGGCGCUGGCCGAUACCGACGUGUUCCAACAGGAGCACCCGAGCAGCACCCAGAGCAAGAUCGUUUCCCAGCUGAGCCCGACCAACGCUUUGUAUCCCAUGAAUGUGGGAAACGUGCUGGAAACCAGCUUAACGUUGAGCUCGCCCAUCAUGACGCCCCUAGAGGUGCCCAGCACCAACAACAAGAAGAUACCCGACGACGAGGCGGACAUUUUAACCCAAGUACCAAAGAACGUCGACCUUCCCAUCACCAUAACCGACCCGAACAUCUCUCAGACCGUCGCCAACCAGCAGGUGUCGCAGAUGAUCGCCAACGAGCUGCAGACUAACCUGGAUCUGGCCCUGCCCAUAUCCGAGACGACCAUAUCGGCGGUAUCGACGGACGUGAACAGUCCCUCUUACGUUUAUUCCCUUCCGACGUUGGACGACUCGGUGGAGAUGUCACAGAAGCCAUUCAACGGCAGCAUGCCUCUUCUCACCGAGGACGUCGUGGAGGAAACGGCGGGUAAAAAGACCGAGGAGGAACAGAAGGAGGACCCCCCGAAAGACAAGGACAAGGAGUCGGAAGGUUUCCUGGGGGAGGAGGAGGGCCGGUUCACGCUGGGCGGCGAGAUGUGCAGUUCGCUGAGCGAACCGCCGCCCGAAAUGUUCGACCUGCCGGAGGUCAGCCAGAAUUUCACGGGGAAGGGCGGCGCCGACGUUCCCUCCUUGCAGAGCACCCCCGACGCCAGCGACAACGCCUCGAAAGACGAGGACACGACGGAUCUGUCGCAAGCCGACACUUCCAGCGAGGGUUCGUGCGAGAUACCGUUGCAGCCGCGGAUCGUGACGAAGUCCUUGGAUCUGUCGAGGGACUUGGAUUCGUUGAAGCGGGGCCUCGGCGACGCCGGCGACGGGAAGAACAAAAAGUGUAAAUUCGACUGAGUAAUUUGGACGGGAGGGGGCAUUGUAAAUAAUAAUGUAUAGGGUGAGUAGGUAUUAAGUGGCAGGCAGUGCUGAACAUGUUUUUGAUUUCUGGUUACGUUUGUACAUAGUUUGUUAUUUAUGUACGAUUUUGUACAUAAAGGAAGCUUUUAUUCAUAGUUUUUUUAUUGUACCGAUAUAGGUUUCCAUGUAAGCACAUAAAGUUAACGCAUAUAGUCGUCGUACCUACCCUAGCCUACUACUAGAGUUAUGUGUCAUGUGUGAUCGAUUGUUUCUUUAUUUUCUAUAAGGUACUGGACAUAAAUUUCACUCUAUUUUUUAGGAGACUAAGAUCAUGUAGAAUACAAGAUACAUAAUUUAAAUUUUAUCUUUAUGUAUAAUUUUAUUAAAAAAAAUGAA